ACCUACUCUCUCUUGUCUAUUAUCCCUCACAUUCAAACAAUCAAACAUGUCUACAAUUCUCUGUCGACAACCUUCCAUGAAUUCUUCUCAUGUCGUAGAGGCAACCACCAUGACACUCAAACUUGUUUUACCCGAAUCUUGCAACAAAAGAUCCCCUUUUGAAAAUUAUUUCAACAACGAUAUAAACUCAUAUCUUUAUCACCCAAAAUCUUUUAAACUUAGUGAAAAAAGCCUUGAGCUUUGCACAGAAAGUUUAGGUAGCGAAACUGGCAGCGACAUGAGUGAUGAUGACGCCAAUUUUGCGGUCCCAAUAUCAAGUUUAUCAGUGACGAAGAGGCGGAGAGAAAAGAAGGUGUUGCCACGAAGCUUUCCACCUCCAUUGAUGACUAUGAGUGGGUCCAAACUGUUUCAGGUUAGGCCACAUCGCGAAGGGGGACGGUUGAUUAUCGAUGCAAUAGAGACGGAUUUGGGGAACAGUUGUUUACGAGCUGAACGAAGUAAGGGUCGGUUUAAGUUGACAUGUUGGAAGGAUGAAGAAGGCGAUUUGGAUAUGGGAAGCCAUGAAAUUGACAUGAAGGAUUCAGAGAAAUUUCAAAGGGUGAGAAGGUGCAAUGAAAAUGAGAAUGGAGAUAAAAGAAUAGGCUGUAACUGGGAGCCUUCUUCUUGGGUGGCUAUUUCUUAGUUUGUAUAAACUAUAAAACAUACCAUGCAACAGCACAUUAUUUUUCUUUUUUUUAAGACAUGAUUGGAAAGAGAAUUUUGAGUAACUUAUUGUGGUUUUUUUAUAUAUUACAGUAUAUGAAUUGUCACGUU